AGCGAAUCUUAGAAUUAUGCAGAGACUGACAGAUUUAUCCUUUUGAAUUCAGUAAAGGUUUUGUACAGAAAACGAAAAUGUUAGUGUCGAAAAGAAUGUUGAGGUUACUGCUUUAUUCCAGUACGCCUAUCGUGGUGCCGACUUCCGCGCUCCUGACGUUGAAGAAGCAUCGUCAAGAUCACCAUGCGGCAACGUGUGCCAGACAAUCGCCUAUUAAUUUCGACGCGCGAUGGACUCAAAUGGCGGAGCCGAGUGGGCUAGUUGGUUUCUCUUAUCCGGUGAUAACGAAGGAAAUGCAACUACGCUGGACAGGCGGCGAGUUGCGAGCGGCGUUGCCGAGUGAUUAUGUUUUUCUCUCUGUAGUACUUCUCACUCCUUAUAAAUAUUAUAAGUAGGUCUCCUCGCUUUACUUAACCACAAAUCAAUCCUUAUAAAAAGUACUAGGUCUCCUCGCUUACGCUUCAACCGCAAGCACAAAAGUCUCUAAUUCCACUACCCCGGUUUCAUUCUCCUGGAAGACGGUACGCGAGUCCCAGCAAGUGAGAUUUUGCUCCGCAGUCGUAGUGAACAUCAGCUUGAGGGCGAAAAGUUUCCUUUGGAAGUGCAGAUUUUGCACCGCGUGCCUGGAGGCAGUGGAAAUGCAACUGAUCUUCAGUAUGCUGAAGGAGUAGAGUAUGAUGUUGACGUUGUAAUGAUGAGAUGUUCUUGACGUUGUAACAGAAAUGGGUGUAGUAGCUGUAGGUAAUAGAAAUGGGGACCCAAAAGAUAAUGAAAAGUAGCAGUGUGGUUUGUAUUAGAGACCAACGUCUACUUACGGUGUGUUUUGUAGGGACUGAAUGAAACCUCCUAAUACAAGACUGCAUACUUCUGUUGCUUUAAGAACCACCGAAGCUUGGACGUACUCCUUCAACUGUUGGUGUGAGUCUCUUCGUAGAUGCGGGUGGGGCAGUCGACGCAGAAGCUUCAUUUGUAGCGAAGGACUCAAGUGCGACGGACUACGACUCCAAUUUUCAGCGUUUCAUCGGAAAGUGGCCGAUGGUUCCUUAGGAUAGACUGCUGGGAAGAAAAUUUGAAACGAGCUUCUGAUAAGGUUGGUUUGAAGAAAGGAGGGCUCUUUCUAUUCACUGAGUAAAACAUGAGUAAAAACUUCUUAAUAUGACCCGUCCCACAUUGAAUUCUUAGGUGCAAAUGCACUAGAUAGGUUUUCUUGAUUUCACAGCUUCAUACCCUAGCAGAUCCAGCGCCUUUGCCGAAGCAAGACGGUUCAAUAGUAACAAAGACCGGUCUUGACCUUGCUGCUGGCCUUGGUUUUUCGAACCUCGCUGAAAAUCUCCCCUCGAACCUCGCUGCUGCAGCGGCGGCACUUCCAGUAGCAAAACAGCUACCGAAGCCAAAGCACAUGUCGUAUAUCCGAUACAUUGGAAGCACACCCUCAGCAAAAGCGGGCGUCUGUGAUCCCGUGUUGUGGUUUGUCCGACGUGGGGCGCCACACAUGGUUGCAACCUAUCAGUUGCAGAACGUUGCGAACUUGAUUUAUGAUGACGCACGAGUUGAGUACUUUUAUAAGGAUUAGGAUUGAUUUCUUUGAAUUUAUUUGGUGCGAAUUAGGAUUACGUAGGUAGCAGAGAAGAACCAUAACUAGAAUCCGCAAGUACCGUUUCGUUCUCCCUCUUCUAAUCACUCCGACUCUUGAAUGGUGGAAGCGACAAACCAACAACAUUGAACCCUUUUGGGCAGGAUCGAGCUGUUGCGGUGUUGUCAGGACUCGAUUUGGAAUCGCCAGAGGAUGCUCAGGAAAUGGUGGAUCGAAUCGCUUUGCUUAUGGUGAGGUUUUAUCUUACUAGUACGGAAUAGAGUGAUACCUACGAGUACGAUCAAGAGUGACAUAAUGAGUGAACCUUUAUAAAUAAGUAGACACCAACAUUGGAUUGCAAGUAUUCGUACCUACCAGGAUCCUCUUUUCUUCGAGGAGUGAAUCAUAGUAUCGAAAGCGUCAUUUUCCCACACUUCCUUGUCCUUGUUUCAUGUCUCUUGGUGGAAAAGACGCUUCGUAUCAGAUGAUGCCUUGGGGCAACAGUCCUCGAACGGACGGGGAAGCACGUGCCAUCAAACUCGCAAAGCUAGCAGAGAAGUCUGCUAGAAAAGUCACUCAGUACGUCAAAGAGGUGCGCGACUUGCAUCUCCAAGCCGCAGAAUCGUACAGGGAUCAAGUAUUGCAGGCUCAGUGAGGAAGAAGGGGACGAAGAUAGGGACGAUCAAGAGUAAAAUGAAGAUAGUUUCUUCUGUUGUACAGUGAAAGUUUAGGUACUAGAAGUGGACGACGAUUUUAUUUUAUUUUUUUCCAGGAACGCGAAGACUAUGUUGAACAGUCUGUUAGAAAAAUUACCUCAGCAGUGAUUUCGACGUUGUUGAGCCAAGCUCCGACAGGACAAGAAGGAUGCUCAUCUCCACGAAUGAUCUGUUCCGAGGAAGGUUGGUCUCACCCACAAACCGACUAUCAAGAUUCCACGAG